AUGCCGAAAGAGCUUCCACCGGUGGACGUGGAACAUCCAAGCGACUUGGAUUUCAUGAUCCAGACCAUUCAGUCCUAUGCCCUCGAUAUUGGCCGUGAGCGACUACGGGCACGCGGACGAGGUGCAGCUCACCUCGAGCCCAUGCUAGAACAGGCUGUUGGACGUUGGGUCUACGCAGCACGUACACGCCUGAUCCCAAAUGUUCAUAUCAACGGCCUGACACUAGCCGAGUACGCGAAAGACGCCGCAGCUAUGGAGCCUUUUGAUGAGGCACUCUCUGCCAAGGUCAAUACCCUGUCGGACCAAGUGGACGAAACGACGGAGCGCGUAGUCGAGUGCCGCAAAUCUAUACCCACCGCCUUUGCGCAAGCCGUUCAUCGCCGCGCCGAAGCGAUGGGCGCGUUGGUGAAUGCCAAAGAGGAGCAGCGCCGCCGCCGCCUACGCAAGUCCAAGCCCUAUUCACGCUUCAGCGCCCUUACACGUGGCCGGCCCUUGCAUAUCGAUACCGACGCGAAAGACCGCGCAGCUGCUACGUUGCAAUCUAGCUAUGACAUUUUACAUCAUUUGCACACAGUUUUGCCCGAAAGGCGUCAAGCUGCAUUGGAUCAGGAACGCUUAAUCCGUCGCUUGCACAAGUCUGUCCCUUAG